CCAAUAAUUUCCAUUUUUUCCAUAGGAGAUUUGUAACGUACCCAUUAUUGCUAAGCUCUUAACCAUUUUUAAGACCUCAAAUUUCUACAAAAAUGUUUAGCAAAAUCAAUGGAGUGUCUUAUUUAUACACACAUACACACAUACAUCAAAAGUUCAGAAAUUCUUAAUAUGAGCCACAAAAAUAUAAACGGUCGGUAGCGUUUUUUCUUUUCCUCCAGAAAAUCUUGUCCCCUUUCUUUUCCGUGAAAAUAGAAAACAUUUUACAUUGGGAAUAAUAAUAUCCAAUCCAACGAGAGAGUGGUUUAUCUGGGUUUUCAGCUUUUCAUGUUCUUUUUCCUUCUCUUCCCUUCUUUCGCAACCUUGCAUUUUCUAUCUCUCUCUCUCUCUCUCUCUCUUAGUCCCCACUUUUGUUCCUAGUCAUUUCUCCUAAAAUGCGCUCUGUACCCACCAUUCCAAAUCUCCAGCUCUAGGCCCAAACCAUGACCGUCCAAUCCCAGACCCAGGCCCGCCGUCUCUCAACCUGUCACCGUCACCCUAGCACUCCCAUCACCGGCUUCUGCGCCUCAUGCCUCCGCGAACGCCUCGCCGGCAUCGAGGCCGCCGCCAACCAGGAGGCCCCCUCUGGGUCCCGCAUCCCCAGCGGUUCGGAGCUCCGUCGCAGCAAAUCUUGCUCCGGUCGGAAAUCCGACAACUUCUCGAACCCUCCGGAUGCUCCCCGGCGGAGGUCGUGCGAUGUUAGGGCUCGGAGCGGCAACAACAACAGUCUGUGGCGCCUCUUCAACCUCGACGACGAGAGGAGAGGCGCGCCGAGGAAGUUCGAGGUCGAAUUGGGGAACCUAGGGUUUGAGUUGAAAGAAGAGGACGAGAACGAGAAUGAGAGUGAGAUUAGGAUUUCCGAGAAUGUGAUGAGGAAUGGAGGAGAUCAGGCCGACGAAGAGGGAAUAGAGCUGAAGAAGAUGAAGGAAUUUAUAGAUCUCGAAUGGCGGAGGAAGAAGGGCGGUACGGCGAGGGAUUUCAAGGACAUUGCGGGGACAUUUUGGGAAGCCGCCUCUGGUCUGAGCAAGAGACUGGCGAAAUGGAGGCGAAAGACGAAGAAGAUCGGAGGCGGCGGCGAAGACGGCGGCGUUUCGGCGGUAGAGAAGCGGUGCCCGAGGCGGCCGAGGGAGACGCAAUCGGAGAUCGGAGAGUACGGAUUGGGGCGGAGAUCUUGCGACGCGGAUCCGAGACUGUCGGUCGACGCCGGCCGAAUGUCGUUGGACGAUUACAGAUACUCGUUCGACGAGCCGAGGGCUUCUUGGGACGGGUAUUUGAUGGGCAGAGCCGCGUACCCAAGGUUGAGUCCGAUGCUCUCCGUCGUAGAGGACGCGAAGUUCUCCGAUGGCGAGGCCGAGAAUUGGUCAUCGAGUAAUGGGAAGAGGAGUUCGGCCGGCGACGGGGAGAGGAGCCCCGGCGGUUCGGCACAGACCAAGGAUUACUAUUCGGAGUCGCUUUCCCGGCGUAGAAGGAGUUUCGAUUGUCCGAAUUCUCUGCACAGGAAAGGACUUCUGGCUGAAGUUGACGACUUGAAGCCAAUUUCGAACGCCAAGGUGUCGCCGGCGACAAUGGAAUUGUUCUACGGAGCGAAGCUACUUAUAACCGAUAGAGAUUUGAGGGAUGCCAAGUUGAAAUCUGUGAAAGAUGAGAGCUUGGAGAGUGCUGUUGAAUGUGCUUCCAAGGAAGCUGCUCCAGCUAUUCCAAUUGGGGUUGAUCAAAAGGGGCUGAAGAAGUCACAAGGUUGGCACAAAAUGUGGAACUUGUGGAGUCCCAAGCAGAGGCACAACGAGCGAAAAUGCCGUGACGGAGGAGGCUUAUUGGUAGGAGGAAAUGUGGGUGAUGAUUCUUGGAAUAAGCUGAGGGUGGCUAAUGGAGAAGCAAACGGGGCUGUGAGUCAGAAGCUUAUUCGUAGCUAUAGUGUUAGCUGUAGGAACCAUAGUAAAAUGGCUGGAUUGUUGAGUAACGCAAGUGGUGGUGUUGAGAGCAAAGGCAAUUUGUUGAAAAGCAGAGAAGAGUUUAUGCUGCAGCGCAACCGGAGUGCGAGAUAUUCACCGAGCAACAUCGAUAAUGGCCUGUUAAGAUUCUAUUUGACGCCAUUGAGGAGCCAUAGGAGAACUCAAUCGGGAAAGAGUAGGCUAAAGAGCUCGCAUUCGACAGCGGCGAAGAAUGUUUUGUAAAGGUUCCACCACUUAUUCCUAGUACCACGCUGUAAAGACAUUCAAUUGGUGUUCUGUUUUUUAUUAAAGCAUAGUUAUAUGGUUA